AUGAUGCGAUGGCUGAAAGACAAGAAAAAGGAGAAGCGGUCAAACAGCACUAGUCAGAAUGAUGCUGAAAAAGAAGAUGAUUAUGGAUUUGGAAAAGAGAAAUCAGCUGCCAAGUCCCCAUCUUCCAGACGACAACUUCCUCCAACUCCAGCUACACCAGAAGAGAUGUCACCCCAUAUUUAUGAGGAGAUUCCAGAUCUGCCUCUGUGCUGUAUGCCAGAUAAUGAGAAAGUUUUGCUGCAGAAUAAAUUUGGCAAAAGUAAACAUGGAAAUACUGCUGGAACUGCAUCAGAAGCUGCUUCUGCGUCAAUGAAGCCAGGAGCCUCCCAGAGGGAUGAUAUAAAUCCAUAUAUGGUUGUAUCUGUUGAUAAAGAGGUCAGGCAGACGCCAACAGAAUUCCACAGAAAUGGAACACCUGAAGUCCACUGUGAUGUUAUUGUCAAGGAGACCCACUGUGAAAUUCUGCUCAGCCGAAAGCCUAAAAUAGGUACUUUUCGACUGGACAAUGCAGUGCUUUCUGUUGGUGGAGAGAAUGCUUCUGAGAGAAGGAAUAUUAGAAGCAACACACAUCUUUCUUCUCAUGACAAGCGAGCGGCAGCUGAUGUGUAUAUUGGAGGAAGUCAGUCAGCUGCAUUUAGUGUAACUUCAUCUGCGUUUUCAUCAUCGUCAUCAGCCUCAAAAAUUCAAUCUAGUGGAGCCCCAUCUAUGACAUUAGUGAAUGUUUUUGAAAAACAACAUCCUUUGGAAACUAGUGACGAGGCCAGUAGCAGCAAUACUGGUGAAAAUGGAGUCAUCACCUACUCGUCUGCUAGCAACUUCAUACCAAGGUCGACAAAGCUGGUAUUCAACCCGCUGCCUGGUAAAAACCCGUGUAAAGAAGCAUUUGGCAGUGACUCAAGUGAUGAGUUGCGCACUGUGGGUUACCCAUCUGUAAACGAAGUCAAACAGUGUGUUAACAGUGUGAGUUUCCUUUCCUGCUCGUGA